AUGGCUUUUCGAGGGAGUUCGAAUAAACUUUUUACGCCUCAAAACGGCAAAUUCUUAGGACUAAUACAGAUGCUUGCAAAAUUUGAUCCUGUGAUGCAAAAGCAUUUAGCACUUGCAAUAAAAGGUUACACUUCAGACCAUUAUUGCGGGAAAAAUAUUCAAAAUGAGUUAAUAGAUUUAAUGUCUCAAAAGGUUAAUGAUGAAAUAAUAAACCGAGUCUUGAAAGCCGUUUACUAUUCAAUCAUUGCUGAUUGUACACCUGAUAUUUCUAGAAAAGAACAACUUUCUCUUACUAUUCGAAUUGUUGACUUUUCAUUAGACCUUAGAGUGAAAAUUAAAGAGUACUUUUUAGGAUUUUUUUCUGUUUCUGAUUCUACAGGCUUAGGACUUACUGAGGUUUUAAUCGAGUUGCUAACUAAGCAUGGACUUGAAAUCUCUAACUGCAGAGGUCAAGGAUAUGAUAAUGGAUCAAAUAUGAAAGGAAAGAUUAAUGGUGUACAAAAAAGGAUUUUAAAUCUUAAUCCUUUAGCAUUAUAUGUUCCUUGCGGCAACCCUAGCUUAAAUUUGGUAAUAAGUGACUCUGCACGAUCUUCAGUAAAAUCUAUAGCUUUUUUCGGUAUUCUUCAGGGAUUGUUUAUUCUAUUCUCAGCUUCAGUGAGCCGAUGGAAAAUUUUAAUUGAUCAUGUUAAAAUUUUGCAUUUAAAGAAACUCUGUGACACGCGGUGGGAAGCAAAAAUAAGUAGUGUUAAAGCCGUUCGUUAUCAAGUUGGUGAUGUACAUGACGCUUUGAUAGCAUUGUCAGAAAUUGAAGGAUGUAAUCCUGAAACUGCACAUGAAGCGAUAACUCUAGGAGAGCAAUUAAAAGAUUUUAGCUUUCUUGUCUCUUUAAUUGUCUGGUAUGAUGUUCUUUUUCAAGUCAAUAUUGUUAGUAAAACUCUUCAAGAAAAAGACAUGGACAUCACUCAAUGUGCAAAGUUAUUGAAAAGCUUUUGUUCAUUUCUAGAAAACUAUAGAAAAUGUGGUUUUAAAGGUGCAAUUAUUUGCAUCUUUAAAACCACAUAUAAAAAAAGCCAAAUCCUUUGCUUUUAUUAA